UGUCACAGCUGCCUCAACCCCUUCAGCUGGGCUCCUCCGUUCAGCCCAGCCGAACAUCCUUGGAAGAAAGGACAUCUUGCUAGCUUUAGCAGGCCAGAGAGACCCCUUGGACCUUGGGGAGGGAUCUCUUCCUCAGCGUUACCAGCUGGCAAGGCAGUGUGGUGGAGAUCUGAAGUCCCUAUUUCUCUCUCUCUCUCUCUUUCUCUCUCUCCUGGUUGAACAGGAACUGCUGCGGAUGGCAGACAGACUGAGCAGCAGCAGCAACAGCUGUGCUGCGCCCCCAACAGCCCGCUCCCCUCUGGAUGGAGCCAAACAGGGCUCCCCAUUUUGCAUCUGUGCCAAUGCCGGGGAGCCGAAAGAUCUUUGCAGUCACAGCAGGAUCCUUUUGCAGGGAGACCUGCAGAAUCCCUGCAGGAACCCCUACUACACAGCCUGCCUGACCUGGAGGAUACGAAAUAAUAGCAACCCCACUUGCCAGGACUGUGAAGAAGAAGAUUCUGAACUUGACGGGAAAGACAAUUUACCAUCCGAAGAAAAGGGUCCUUGCAAGGCCACCCUUAACAAGGAGAUUCUGGAAUUUGCCGUGCAUUGUGGGAUACCAGGAUGCAACUGGAAGGGUCCAAUGAGCAAUUUGGAAGAUCAUCGCCGCAUGUGUGAAUAUGUCCUGGUCAACUACGGUCAGGCAGCCGUAUGCAGGGUGUCGAUGGAUCCAGAUGCUGGCGAUAAUCCCGAAACAUCCAGGAACGAAUGUCAGAAUCCUUCAGGACUUUGCAGGGAUGAAGGUUGCCGAUUUUCCAGGAUCGGAUGUUUAUUCAAGGGCAAUGCAGGGGAUCAAAAAGUUCAUGAGAAGAACGCGGCAGGAAGACACCUGUUGCUGCUGCUCCAGUAUGUCAACCACCUGAAGGGCAGUUCAUCCCCAAGAGGCAGUCAGUCCAACUCACCUUUAAUAGAUGCCAAGCUUUUGAUGAAGGCUCCUCUCACCCUGAAGAUUCAGGAUCCUGGGGGAGAAAGGUCCUUCUCUGCGUCACCGGGAGAGGAGUGGGAGGUGAGCUGGUGCACCUUCUUGAGAAGAGUGAAGAGGGUCUCUUGGCUGGAGACCAAGCUGCAAGUCUUUGAGAAUAUCACAGCGGUGCUGAGCAAGGAGAUGGUUACAUCCCGCCAGAAAAUCCUGGCCUUCCGGGGACAGCGGGGCCUUGACCAAGAUAUGAUCCGUGGCUUAGAGCUGAAGAUUGCUGAUCUCCAGCGAUGCCUGGCGCAGAAAGACGCCGCUCUCGUCAGGCUGGAGAAGAGGCUUCACUUCUCUGAGCAAGCAUCUUACGACGGCGUCUUCCUUUGGAAAAUUACAGAUGUUCACCAGAAGUGCUACGAAGCCAUCUGUGGGAAGUUCGACGGCUUCCAGUCGCCCGCAUUCUACACCUCCCGAUAUGGGUACAAACUGUGCAUGAGGAUCUACCUGAAUGGAGAAGGCAGAGGCAGAGGAACCCACGUCUCCCUUUUCAUCGUACUUCUGAAAGGGGACUAUGAUGCACUGUUGCCCUGGCCUUUCACGCACAAGAUCACCUUCAUGCUACUCAGCCAGGACCAUGGAGACCACCUGGUGACCUCUCUCCACCCAGACCCUACCUCUGCCUCAUUUCAGAGGCCAGCGGCUGACACGAACGAGGCCAGCGGCUUUGCCCGAUUCGUCCCUUUGGCCAAGUUACAGUCCCCAAAAUACACUUAUUUGAAAGAAGGCACUUUGUUCCUCAAGGCUGUGAGCCACACUGAAAACAUCUCAGGUGACCAAAUGAUGGCGGCUUUGCAAUAGGCUUGAUUCGGUUCUGCAAAAAAUGCUGAUCCAGCCCAGCAGCGAAAACUGGUUUGGUUCUGAGCUGCGCGCUCCGUUUUCCUGUCUCCAAAUCCGUUCCUUGUCUGGUUCAAAUCCAGAGUGAGUGGACCUUGUCUCCGUGUCAUGUUUAAAAGCUGUUUCCCUUUCCGUGCCAAAAACCCAAAGCUGGUGUGGCAAGAUGACAAAUCAUUUUGCUGAGUGCCAGAUUUGGGGUGAGUGUCAAAUUUGGGGUGUAGCGUGUGAGAAAUGUCGCAUUCCUUUAUUUAUUUAUUUAUUUGGGUCCAGAGUGCCAACGUUCACCUCAUUUAAUUUUUUUUUUAAAAAAUGAAUUGACUGGACUGUUAAUAGCCGAGUCCUAAUUGUGUAUACGGUGUGUAGUUUAUUUAACUGACAGAUUAAAGGUGCAGCUGAA